AUGUCACCAGCGUUCAGCAUCGUCACAGACAGCAGCCCUCAACAAACACAGGUGAUGAGCCCAAACGCUCCACCGCAAUCCCUUUCUGCAGCGAGUGCUUCAGUGGCACCACAGCUUCAGCACUUCGACGAGCCAUCAUCAGAAAUUGUGGUACGUAUGAGGAUGCAGCAGAUGUUGCAGAUUCAGGCGCCAGCCGAAGUUCUGAGAUUGCUUCAAUCAUCAGCUGCAGUAGUGGCAGACGCUAAGACCAUCAAGGACGUGCAGAGCAAUGUUCGUUUGGUGGCUCAGGAGCUUGAGGCAAGAACAGAGCGAUUGGCAUCGUGCUUGUCGGGAAUUACCGGGGACCUAGAUGGGGUGAAACAUCAAUCAGAGAGACUGCUCAACGCUGCAAGUGAUCAUCAUGCUGCCUUGAACAACGCCAACAACAAAUUCAAGGAGCUUGAAGAACAGAUCCAGCAGAUAGAGAGUGCAGUCACCCAAUUGUCGAGGCGUCAGGUCACCUUUGAGUCUGCGAUGGAGACUCGGUUGGGUGCCCUUGAGAAUCAGAUCAUACAGUUGAGAGCUCAGGCUGCAUCAGCGGACGCGCUGAAAGAUGAAGUGGUUUCGAUGAAAGCUACAUUGUCAAGGCUUGAGCAUCAGCAACCCGAGAUACAACAAAGCGCGCAGACCAAGAGUGAAGAGAGUGAGACCCGCAUCCAGCGCAGAAUUGACGAGAUGGAUGUGUUGUUGAAACAUUUCUUCGAACGUGUGGAUGGAAAUGAGAAACUCUGUGAGAAGCUUAGACAGCGGUCGGAGGAUCUCACCAGCCGCUUUGAAACCUUGCAAACUCACGUUGAUGAGGGGUUUAGUUCGGAAUCCAGAGCUUUACCACGUCGUCCUCAACUUCAGAUGCCCCAGCAGAUUGCAGAGGAGGUGUCCGAUGAAAGGUUUGAGGAGGAGGCGAAGGCUCAGGAGAUCAUUGAAACACCAAAGCAUCGCACAACGUCAGGUGUCCAGAUGUUCCAGAUGACUCCCCAGCGUGACGGAGCCGAUGAUUCAUGGCAGAAGGAUGCUGUUGAUGAGUGGCUGGAACAGGUAGAGGAACCUCAGGUUGUGCAAUCUGUUCCUGCGGAGCCUCCAGGUCUAGGAAGUUCUGGUGCAAAGAUUCCGGCGGGACAAUGGAAAUUGAUCAAAGAUUUUCCCAAACUCACGAUUCCUCACGGAGAACCGUGGGAAAAGGGAAUGGUGUUUAGACAGUGGUGCACAGAAGCCGCAUCAUUGGCAGAGGCGAUAUCACCAUACUUUGCACAGUUCUUCCGAAAGCGAGUGCAGGAGGGACAGACCAAUUAUGAGAAGCGCUUGAGGGAUGGUUGUGAGUCAACGUUGCCAGCAGUUCAUCAGGAGGAGCGGGAGAUGGAAACCCGAUUGAGCCUAGCUCUGCUUAAGGCAAUCCCAUCUUCUUUGAAGCAACCGGCUCUUGAGAAGGGUACCCCAAAUGAGGCGGUAUCCACGAUUGCAUUAAUGGAGACAGUGAGCGAAGUGUUGAUGCCAGGAGGUAUUACUGAGCAAGUGUCGUUACAGAGAUUCCUUCGGCAACUUCCCACGGCAUCAUCUUGCAAGGAGCUGCUUGCUACACUUAGGAGGUGGAGACUGGCCAAGCAACGCGCUGAUCAUUUAGGAGUCCCAGAACAAGCCCCUCAUGAGUCAAUUGCUGCAUUGAACAGCUUGUGCCAACAGCUUGAGAAAAAGCAUGCUUUGUUGGGAACAAGAUUGAGCUUGUUGAGAUUGCAGCACAACAUCCAGGUACCAUCCCACGACGGAGUGACAUCGUUCCUUCAGGUAUUGGAAGCCGAAUGUACCCGGAUUCAAGCUGAGGAGCAGACGUCUUCGUCGUCCAAAGAUGCUCGGAAACAUGAGGGAGAUGAAUACGCGAUUCCUUCGGCAAAUCAGGCUACUGGGGGAAAGGGUGUCGGUGUAAAGCCGUUAUUCUCUUACUUCAACACUGCCAGAGGCUGCUUGAAAGGAGCAAAUUGCGAGUUCAGACAUGAAAAGAUUUCAAACAAAGGGAAGGAGGCCAAAGGCAAGAGCGGCAAGGAUGGGAAGGAUGCUAGAAAUUCUUCUUCUGAUAAGGGGAAAUCAUCUGGUAAGGGUGACGCGAAAGCCAUUGCAGAUGCAAAGGCGGCUGAAGAAGCAAAAGCUAAAGCCGCCGCGGAAGCGAAGGCUAAGGAGGUUCCAUCAUUGGUUGGUGCAGUAGGACCGACUUCAUCCGGGUCAACAGCUCCACGCAUCAUGAUGGCACAGAGUCUGGACUGCGAGAGUAAUGAUCUUAGCGAGUCAGAGUCGCUUGAAUCAGAGAUUCCUAUGAGAGCUGAGGGUGAUACGCCAGAGUGGUCGGAAGUAGAGCGUGGCGAUUUCUCCAGUGCAGAGCCUUCGUCAGAGGAAGAGGGUCAGGCUGGUGAAGACCAGCCCAGGCAGUUGCAUCCACUUCGUCUAUGGGUGUUAAACUUGACGAUUGAAGAUUUCAUCAUGUGGACGAGGCCUGGUCACAUUCAGUCACAUGCCACUUCCGAGUUCCAGAUUGAAGCCAAUCCAAAUUCCAUUAUGUGGCCUGUCUGGUGGACGAUUGAGCAUGAUUAUCUUGAUGACAACGAACAGGGAGUGAUCCCUGUGACGGAAGAUGUGGUGAUGUUGAGGUGCGAUGUGACGCCAGUGUUGUUUGAGGAUGGCAUCAUUCGGAAUGUCUUUGUGGUGUGGCUCCUUGAGGAGGAGACUGGAAGAGAGCGCAGGGUUGCAGUGAUUAGAGGGCGAGUUCGUCCCAUUGUCACUCCGUGGCCAAAUCGGGAACUGAGUACAGCAGCCUCAGCAAGCAGUCCUCCAGUUGCGAAGGCACCGACGAUCACGGCGCCGCCUCCGGAGUUGCAUCAGGGUUUCCCUAGGAUAGGUUAUCCCAUAACUCCUCUAGCUAAGGCUGCAGCUUACGCUUGGAGAGCAAACGAGAUUCAGGCGAUUGAAGCUGUCACCGCAGUACCCAAAGCAGCAGCGAAAGCAGUAGCUAGAGCAUUCCAGGUUCCAUUCGUUACAGCCCCUCGAGCCAAAGCUACAGCAUUUCCCAAAGCACGAGCAGUUGCGAGAGCACCUCGAGGAGGAGCAACAAUGCCGACAGCCAUGCGUUGUGUAUGUGUUGAGGAAGAGCUUGAUUUUGAACCUCCCAUGUUGGUUGGAGCUAAGGCUGAGCCAAUCACCGCUAGCAGACUUGAGUGUGUUGAUCAACCAGUUGGAAGUGCAGUGGUCAGUCAGCAGCCGUCGGUGUUGGUGGAUUCGGGUGCAAAUGAAACUAUUCGUCCUUGGCUUGCAGAUAUAAAGGAAAGUGGAUGUACCCACACAGCCGUUGUAACUGCGAGUGGUGAUCGAGUAGCCGCGCUUAGAACCAGGGAUGGAGAGUUAUGCAUCAAGUCCACCGAGGAUAGUAGGGACUGGCUGUUGAGUGUUCGUCGGCUCGUGGAGGCUGGUGGAACUUUCAAGUGGGAUCGAGAGGCAGCAACAGUAUCUUAUUUUGACGGUGAAGGGCAUGAGCAGUACGUGGAUUGCAGGAUUCAGAAUGGGUUGCCCUUUCUUGAUUGGGAGAGCUUCAAGCCGAUUCGGAUCAUGCUCUCAAAACACUUCAAACGCAGGCCAACAGUUGCACGCGCAGCUACAGAGACAGCUCUUGAGUGGAAGAGUUGCCAAACAUGUUCCAUCGAGGAGUUGAGCGAGGCUGUGUGGAAUGAAGAGGCAUACCGCAUGACAGCCGAAGAGAGCGAGGAGAUCGCAAAGGCAAUUUGGGAGUCAGAGUCUAGAGCUAGAGAGCUUUUGAGUCGUGACAGUAUAUCGCAUGAGGAUGUGUGGCGACUUAUCCGGGAGGCACACUUGAAAGGUCAAAGAACGCAUAGGCAGGAUAUGUUGGUGAAUCCAGAUCAAGACCGAGUACAAAUCUGGAUAUUCGGAAUGUUUUGCCACGGGGGAGUUACAGGGAUCACCACUGUUACCCGCGAACGACCUUUCUUGACAAGGUUACUGGUCAGAUUCAUUAGACAGGAGUUGCCGACUUUGACGUUUACCACGAUCUCACUGGCAAUCGAUGCUACCCUGCGUCCGCACAGAGACCUUACGAACGCUGUGGGGUCAGUGGCGGGAAUCGUGGGAAUUUCCAAAUUUGAGGGUGGCAAGCUGUGGAUUGAAGAUUCAGCUGGCACGGCCAGGAGACGUGUAUCGCAGGAUGAAGUCAAAACUGGAAUGCUGCUAGACGUGUGCCAAAAAGCACACAUCUUUGACCCAAGACGUUGGCACGGAGCUGAGCAACAUCGGGGUGUUCGAUCAACGGUGGUCGGUUACACGGCUAGGCAGCUGCAGCGUCUUGAUCAGGAUAUGACAGACAGGUUGAGACGAUUGGGUUUCAACUUACCGGAGGUUUCAUCCAAGGCCACAGUUGCAGUCGCAAGUCAGGGCAAGGCGAUGGCGCAUCAAGCAGUCAGUGAGGUUUCAGAUCAUGGAGCCCAGGAGGACAGCAGAGUGCAUCCAGAUGACCUCGAUGAUGAGGAUGAGGGUGAGGGCUGUUCGGGGUAUGAAGGGUUUGUUUCCUCCGGGACGUCGGGUCGCUGUGAGCAUUGUGAAAUUUCGUUAGUCCGAGACAUAGGCUCAUCCGUGCAGCCAUGGAGCGUCAGAAGCGCUGAAGCUGUGAACCCUGUAUCAAGCUUUGAUGAAGUCUCGCAACAAAGGGCGAUUGAGCUACUCAGGAGGAAGUGUGCACAAGGGUUGUACGAGCGUCAUUGUCCCAGCUGUGCUGAGGCCCACGGUCAUAAGCGCAAGUGCAGGAGAUUGACUCCGGAAGAGAUCGGUGAGGGCACUUUGUCCAUGGACCUGUCAGGUCCCCAUCCAGCCGCAUUUUCAGGACAUCGCUACUUCAUGGUUGCAAACUUGAGCAGAAAGGAUGGUAGUGACAUCCCGUUUUCGAGGCUGUUGUUCACCAAACAAACUGAAGAAGUGGCUAAAGCUUUGACCUCUGUGAUGUGCCAGAUUGUAUCGCUCGCUCAGGGUGUUCCCCCAGUGUUCCGUAUCCACAGUGAUGCUGGUAAGGAGUUCGUGGGAGGAGCAUUUCAGAAAGCAGUGGAGCAGUGUUGUGUGUGGCCCACGAUGAGUGCACCAUACACGCCACAGCAGAAUGGUCGGGCAGAGAGGCUAGUAGGAUUGCUUAAGGCAGCUGCGGGAUCCCUGUUGCUGCAUUCGCAAUUCCCUUUGCAACUCUGGGAUGAGGCAGUGCUGGAAGCCACGUUCCUGCGGCGAUGUAGGGCACUGAAACUUCUAAUCCCGAGGGACCGCCCAAGAAUGGGCGACACAGUGUUCGUGCGAAAGCCGACAAGCUCCGCGGGGCAUCCAUUCGAACCUAGGGCAGAGGAGGGCCUAUUCCUGGCCAAUGAUGAGCGAACGCCUGGAGGGGCUCGGGUUCUGGUAACGCGGGACGGUAGGACCACUGUGCGUGUGACGCAGAUGCCAGUUCUUAAGGACAUUGAGGCGAUCAGAUGGCGAAUUGAACGGGGACCUCAAGAUCAAGCAGUUUGGGUGAGCACCACUGGGGAUGUGAGGUGGAAUGCUCCACCUUCAGACAUGAUUACGGUCGAAGAGUCGGUAGGGGAAAUCCAGCCGUGGAACGACGGGAACACCGCAUCUGAGAUCAUCAGGGAGCGCUUCAAAAAACAUUUGGUGCCCGAGGCUGAGAAGCACUUGUUUGGAUUGUUUGGUCAUGGAUUCUUGGUGACUCCUGUGGAAAAAGAAGAACCUGACGGCGAAGCCAGGGUGGAACAGCAGAUGAUCAAGGAUGAGGCAACAUCUCAGCGAUUGAUGGUCACAGAAGCUGCGGAUGCAGGGGUGUUCGUGAAUCCAUCGACUCCGGAGUGGGAGCUCAACAAGUGGAUGGCAGGACUCAACAAGGAGCUAGACACCAUGGAAACCAAGAAUGUGCUGGAGAAAGUUCGGCAGAGCGAGUUCCCAAAGGCAAAGCCGGUUCCGAGUAAGCUGGUGCUAACCAAGAAGCCAAUGGAGGAUUCGGAGGUAAUCAUCAGAUCGGACAUGGGUGCUUCGGAAAUCGCUGCUCUCAUUCAGCAAGCUUGGAAUCCUAGAGUCCGGCUAGUUGCGUGUGGAAACUUCGAGAAGGACUCAAAGGCACAUGAUCCAGAAAACUUUGCAGGAAAUCCAGGUGCGGAGACCGUGAGAAUCUUGCUUUCACUACUGGCGAGGCGUCCUACCAACAUGACGGCGGUGGUCCUGGACAUCUCAUGCGCAUUCCUGAAUGCCAGACUUGAUCGAAGUCCGGAUGCGAAACCGGCUCAUUCAGCCGCCGAGUAUCCUGUACAAGCUUGGUCCCCCCGUCAGUGGGAGAUAGAGCGAAAUGGCGAGCUCGAUGGUGUGACAUUAGAGCCGCUUCCUCACCAUGAACACGGACUGCUGAACUUGGAGAGCCUGGAGUCAGGGACAUGGUUGAUUCGGGAUUCGAGUGGCGAGAUUCAAGGCGCAAUGGUCAUGUACGUGGACGACGCGCUGAUCAUUGGUGAUUUGGAAAUUUGCGCCAGGCUGAAGGCAAAGCUGUCCAGUUUGUGGGACUUGAAGGAAGAAGGUGUGUGGAUGCCAAAGGAGCACACGGGUUCGGGAGCGGGAGAGAAAGGUUCGAUCGAACUACGCGAGUGCGAGUGUCGGAUAAAGUGGGUAAUGCGUGUCGCAAGUUCGCCCAAUCAGGAUAUCGCGCGGAGACAGAAAGAAUGGUACCCGCACGUGCUGGGCAGUGCGGCCGACGAGCCGACAGUGCUUGUGAAGCUACAUACUCAGAACUUCAACUCAGGCACCGGGGCCGACAUGGACAGCGAAAGCUGGGCAGGUCCGACAGGAAGGAUGGUUCGCAUUGUGGUCUGCUUCUCAGCCGAUGUCGUUUGGGGUCAGAGCUUUGACUGGUCUUUGGGUUUGUUUGACACCGUGCAACCUGCGAUGCGCAAGCGACACAAGCCUUGGCAACUGACCUUCUGGGUGACCUACGAGCAUGCCCGCGGCGCACUAGGCUUCACUUCUUGUGUUCUCGCGCGGCUGUUGGAUCAGUUGGUUUUCGUUUGGGGUGACGUGUGUUCUGUGAUUUCUGGUUGCCAUGUCACCACAGAACGGGAGUUGCAGCGCAACGGUCAAACAUCCCUGUCGCAGCAGGUGGGCCGCGGAGACGUUUUCCCUGCAGUGGACCGGAAUGUUCGGGGCCUCACCGUCGGGGACACAAAGGACUUCCCCUUCACUGGAGACUCCGGCUUCGGCGAGCGCCGUGCCGACUGGGUCGUAGAUUACGAUCGAAGCUACUUUGGAGACGUGGCGGUAGGGAUGCCUGUGACGGUUCAAGGCAGCACGGCCGUCGUGGAAGCGGUGAGCGACAGCAGCGUCCGCCUGGACUUCAACCAUCCAUUGGCUGGCAAUUCUGGCUGGCGCCACGUCUCAGAAGCAUCUUCCCAGUCGCUGAGUACGGAUUUGCCGGCUAGCCGUUUGGGAGUCGCCGUGUUGGCCUGGGUGCGCGUCGAAGUGCUUGCGGCCGGGGACGGCGUCCGAACACCUCAGGAUGGCGACAAGGUCAGCAUGAACUGCGAAGGCGGGACCGACCAGGAAGCAAGGAGGGCUAUACCACAGUGCACCGGGGGUGCUGCAAUGUUCAUGGCUUUCCAAAUCCUCUUCGUUUCCAUCUUGGCUGCGGCCGAUGCUAUGCGCGCGGUGGAGCCUUCGGCUGUGUCUGCUGGGCCUGAGACGAGUGCCUACAAUGAGGUCGUGAUACCCAAGGUCUCUGAGCUGGAGGAGUGGAGGGAGAAGCUUUCGUCGGCCGAACCUCUGCAACUGCCCAUAGGAUCCAAAGACGCCUUCAUCAUCGACAUUUCCAUGCGCAUGGCUCUGCUCGCCUAUGGUCGGACAACCUCAUCUGGUGCCACUGGCCGUGUGCAGUUUUUUGCGCCUGGGCAAGAGGAGCCCAUCAGCAUGUUGGAGCUGACGGUGAGGGGUGUGGAGGCUGAUGCGCAGCGCAUCGCGAAGCUUCAUCUCACUGAAAGGCAAGCAGGUCUGAACAGUUCACAGCAAGACGACAGCCCUUACGCUGUGGUCUAUAUGGUGAAGCUGCCCGAGGGAGGCCACGGCUUGAUCUUGAGCUUUAAAGGGUCCACGAAUAGCCUCGACUGGAUGAGAAACUUCAACAUCUUGCCAUCACGGCUACGCUCCGACGACAGGGUGAAAGUGCAUACAGGCUUUGCUACACAUGUUGAAAGCAUCUUCAAAACUUUGUCCAGAUUUGGGCGAAGUGUUGCAUCACUCUACCAUGCCUGGGCAGCGUGGGGCAUUCCCAGCAACAUCCAGAACAUGGCGGACUUCGUGACCAGUGGUGAUUGGAAAUGGUGUAUUUGUGUAGGCCAUAGCCUAGGUGGAGCUAUGGCUGCCAUCGCAGCGGAAAAGAUCGCAAGCGCCGCAAACCGCCCCAAUUCGGUGUAUGCAGUUUCCAUCGCCGCCCCCGUUCCUGGCAACAAGGCAUUUGUCACAGACAUGAAGAAGAAGGUGCAGCCUCAGGGUGGUCUUCGCAUUGAGAAUCCAUUUGACCUCGUCCCCUGGAGCGGCUAUGGUGGCUUGAGGCUCAUAUCUCGCGACGUCAAUGGCAUUGUCUGGGUACUUCCCAAAGACCAAUGGAUGAAACGUACCGCCAAGAUCUCCGCCCACAUGAUCUUUAACGUUAUCGAGCAUGGUGAGGGCAACACUACGAAGCAUUUCCGAUAUGAGUUCGGGGAUCAUGAGACAAACAGCGAUCCAGCAGCAACAGCCGCUAAGAAUUACGUCGAUGUGGAUUCACUCGAUGCGAACUUCAGAAUGCCCAACAUCCAAAGUUGA